AUGACUGGUGUCCUUUUUAAAAGGGGAGAUCUGGACAGAGGCAGGCACAUGCAGAGGGAAGAUGGUGGGAAGGCACAGAAAGAACAUCUAGAAGCCAAGGAAUGCUUGAGGCUGCCAGCAACCAGGAGAGAGGCCUGCAACAAACAGAUUCUGCCUCACAGGCGUAAGAAGGAACUACUCUGCCACCACCUUGAUGUUGGACCUCGAGAACUGCGACAUCAUUGUCCACACCUCCCUACCAAGAUUUAUGAUAAAACAGAGAAACCAUGUCUUCUCUCCGAAUAUACCGAGAACUACCCUGUCCAUCACUCUUACCUACCCAGAGAGUCCUUCAAGCCCAAGAUGGAUUACCAGAGAGCGUGCACGCCGAUGGAAGGCCUGACCACAUCGAGGAGAGACUUUGGGCCUCACAAAGUGUUACCAGUGAAGAUCCACCAGCCCAAUCCGUUCGUCCCAAGUGAAGAGAACAUGGAUCUGCAGACCACGUAUAAACAAGAUUACAACCCUUACCCCCUCUGUCGAGUGGAUCCCAUCAAACCUCGGGACAGUAAAUACCCUUGUGGGGACAAGAUGGAGAGUCUGCCUACUUACAAAGCUGACUAUUUACCCUGGAACCAACCAAGACGAGAGUUGCUUCGUCCUCCUCACCACUACCGGCCGGCAUCGACCAAGUUUGAUAGUCGCACUACACAGCAGGAUGACUAUUCCAUGAAGGGCCUGGUGAACACCAGGAGCUGUAAGCCUCCAGCUGUGCCCAAGCUCUGUAACAUCCCCCUGGAGGAUCUGACGAACUACAAGAUGAGCUACGUGGCCCACCCCUUGGAGAAGCGCUUUGUGCAUGAGUCAGAGAAGUUCAGGCCCUGUGAAAUCCCCUUUGAAAGCCUCACCACCCACAAGGAGUCAUACCGCGGUCUGAUGGGGGAGCCAGCCAAGAGUUUGAAACCUCCUGCUAGGCCUUGCGGGCUCUUGCCCUUCUCCAACACCACUGAGUUUCGAGAUAAGUACCAAGCCUGGCCAACGCCCCAGGUGUUCUCCAAACCUCCUGCCAUGUAUGUCCCUCCUGAAGAGAAGAUGGACCUUUUGACAACAGUGCAGGCCCACUACACGUUCCCUAAGGGCGCCCCGGCUGAGUCCUGCCGACCCGUGCCCUCGGUCAAGAAGGGUGGCCGCUUUGAAGGCUCCACCACGACCAAAGAGGACUACAAGCAGUGGGCCAGCAUGCGGACAGAGCCGGUCAAGCCCAUCCCCCAGCUGAACCUUCCCUCUGAGCCCUUGGACUGCCUGACCACCACACGAGCCCACUAUGUGCCCCACCUGCCCAUGAUGACCAAAAGCUGCAAGCCCCUCUGGUCUGGGCCCCAAGGAAAUAUCCCUGUGGAGGGCCAGACCACAUAUACCAUCAGCUUUACUCCUAAGGAAAUGAGCAGAUGCCUGGCUUCGUACCCUGAGCCUCCUGGCUACAUCUUUGAGGAAAUAGAUGCUUUGGGGCACAGGAUAUACAGGCCCAUUUCUCAGACAGGCUCUCGGCGGAGCAGCCGUUUUUCUGUAGGUGAUUCAGAAAAUCCCAACCAGCAGGAAUUGACAGUGUCAGCCUGA